AUGACAACGAAAAGGUUACGAAGAUGCCAAAGUAGUGAUUGCUGCUUUGAGAAGCAAAGGGGUGUCUUCCAUAGGGCUGCAGGAUUUUGCUGGGGAGGGGUGGUGGUUACGAGGCUAGCAAGGUCUGAUGAUAUUCAGGCUGCAGUGGUUCUACACCCAGGACGCAUCAGUGACGAUGAAAUCAAUGAGGUCAAGACUCCAAUAGCUAUAUUGGGAGCUGAGAUUGACAAUUCUUCUCCACCUGAACGACUGAAACAUUUCGGGAAGAUUCUUUCAGCAAAAUUAGAGUCUGACAGCUAUGUAAAAAUAUUCCCGGGUGUAGCACAUGGAUGGUCGACAAUAUACAAUGUUGAAGAUGAAGCAGCUGUCAAGAGUGCCGAAGAGGCCCACGGAGAUAUGCUAAAUUGGUUUACCAAGUACGUGAAAUAA